AUGACUCAAGUUACGCCGAACAAUCUUGGGUUUUCUCCGCAAAACGAAAGGAGGCUCCUCUGGAAAUUAGAUCUUCGUCUAAUCCCCAUACUUAGUCUUCUCUACCUCAUCUCUUUUAUCGAUAGAGUGAAUAUUGGACAAGCAAAAGUCGCCGGCAUGGUUACUAGCCUUGGCAUGACAUCCCACCAGUUCCAAAUCGCAAACACAAUCUUUUUUUCCACCUAUGUCGCCUUUGAAAUCAUUGGCAAUCUUCUCAUCAAAAAGUUUCGGCCCAGUCGUACUCUUCCCGUGAUGAUAACGUGGGUUGUUUUAUAUCGCGCUAGCAGCUUACUUACUCGUACAAGGGCUUGGAGCGCUGUACUUAUCGGACAGGCGUUUGCGAAAAACGCGGGACAUCUUUACACGACAAGAGUCCUACUUGGCGUCUUUGAAGCCUCCCUUUUCCCAGGUGCAAUUUACAUCAUUUCAUUGUAUUAUCCAAGGUCCGAGCAAACCCUGCGCAUGGGAUUCCUUUUCUCAGCUUGUGUUUUGGCCGGUGCAUUUGGUGGUGUACUGGCAUACGGUCUAUCACAAAUCCAUGGCGCGGGCUUGGAAGGGUGGUCUUAUAUCUUUCUGAUCGAAGGAGCAAUGUCAUUCGUCGUUGCGGUUAUCUCCUUCUUUACCAUUGUUGAUCUCCCUAAGGAGGCUAAAUUCCUCAGUGAGCCCGAAAGAGAAUUCGUUAUCCAUAGAAUCAAACAGGGUCAAGGUGCUCUCUCUCUCGAUGUUGAUUUUUCAUGGAAUCACAUAACAUCCGCAAUUCUCGAUUACAAGCUGUAUAUCUUCGCUAGCAUGUACUUCUGUACCGGCGCUCUCCUUUAUGCUCUUGCAACUUUCGCGCCAGUCAUCAUUUCCCAGCUCGGAGAGUGGUCAAAUGCCCAAUCUCAGCUGCUCACUGUCCCCCCGUAUGCUUUGGGCUUUAUUACCACUAUUGGAUGCGCUUAUAUUAGCGAUAAGACAGGCUAUCGUGCAUUCCUCAUUAUGUUAGGAACGUUUGUGUCUCUGAUUGGGUACAUUCUCAUCCUAGUCAUACCGGACCACGCUCCAGGGGCCAAGUACUUCUCUUUGUUUGUAAUGGUUGCCGGAUUCAGUCCUGCUGCUGGCAUCGUUUUAGCAUGGGGUGCUGGUUCAUUUGGUCCUACUUAUAAGAGAGGUAUAACGCAGGGCGUUAUUAUGUCGGCGGGAAAUACUGCGGGUAUACUUAGCUCGUUUUUAUAUCCCGACUCAGACAAGCCUGAUUUCGUCAUGGGACACUCAGUCUCUGCAGCGUUUUCCGCCUUCACUUUCAUCCUUGCCGUUGCUCUCCAUUUUAUACUAAAGCGUGAAAAUAAGCAGCGCGAUGAGAAGUUCGGCACAUUGGACGAGAUAUACGCCAUCAUCAAUGAACAAAGCGGAGGUGUAAGUAAUGCGUACACGCCCGAGAAGGAUGCGAAGGAUGCGGAAGACGCGGAUGCGGUAAAUAACUUACCAUCGGUAUCGAGAAACGAAUUCACAGACCUUCCCCCGGUAUUGAUAGAGAAAUUCGGAUUACAUGGUUUGAGUAAAGAAGACAUAGCUAAUUUGGGUGAUAAGCAUCCAAUGUUCAGGUAUUUGUGUUAA